UAGAUAUUUUUUAAAAGGAUGAAUAUUGAGUUUUUAAUUGACUGGAUGGAGAAUAUGUCCUAAAUAUAAACAAGUAGGAACUCAAAGCUGUUGGGGCUACCGCUAAAACUAUAUACCCAUGUGGAUAAAAAAAUGCAUUUAAAAAUAUGAUUUGUGAGUUUGGGCCACACCGCUCUUUGCACCAUCCUCCAGUCCCCGCUCGUAGUCCCUCUGCCACCAUGCCGAUGUUCAUCCUGAAUACCAAUGUUUCCCACGCCUGCGUGCCAGAGGAGUUUCUCUUCGAGAUCACCCAGCAUCUGGUGCAGGCCACCGGCAAGCCAGCACAGUACAUCACUGUGUGCAUGGUCCCGGACCAGCUCUUGAAUUUCAUGGGCUUGAGUGACCUCUGUGCCCUCUGCACCCUGCACAGCAUCGGCAAGAUUCUUGGCGCCAGAACCUCACCUACAGCAAGCUGCUGUGCUUGCAGCCUGCUGUCGGAUCACCUGCACAUCAGCCCAGGCCGGAUCUACAUCAACUAUAACAACAUGAACACAGCUAACUCGGGCUAGAACGGAUCUACCUUCGCUUGAGUUCUGACCUGCACCGCUGUUCUCAGAGCCUUGCCGUACAUGGUGUUCAGUGUUCAGUGUUCAUCCACCAAUAGUGAUGCCCACCUUCUGGUCGGGAAAAAUAAAUAGUUUAAGAAAAAGAAGUAUGAUUCAUUGGCCUGGUACACAUAGUUAUAGUGACCAGUAAGGUUCUUUUAAAUCACCAGAAUCCAGCAUGGAAAAACAUCCCAUGUCUAAAACAUUGUGAAAUCUUCGAUCAGGAGGGAGAAGGGUUUCUCAAUGUUCCUUCAUUUCAUGUCUUUCUAAGCCAGUGGUCCUCACAGAUCAGCGUGCUUGAGAAACACCACUCAGUGGCUUUCAGUCACUGAGCUUCAGUGGUCAACACUGGCAACUUAGUUCUGCAGGCGAGGGUGAGGACCUUGAGUGUGCGCUUCUAACAAGGGUUGAGUUAGCAGGCUCUGCCAUGGACAGAACCACGCUUGGAGAACUUCCCAUCAGGAGAAUAAGGGAGCACUACUUCAAAGGUCACAGAAAUAGAGUCAUUCGGGUGUUUUUCUUUUGUUGUAGAUUUCUACUUGGCUUCUCUUCCCACAGACGGCAUGGAAGGUGGCUAUUUUGCUGUGAUAUCGAUGCCGUGUUGUAAAUCACCAGGACAGGCAUUUACCAUGGGAGAAACAAACACGCCCACUGCUGGCUGGAAACUCCUCACCCUGUCACCCCACUGCCAUUCAACUACAAAAACUAGCAAACUCUUUCUGGGUCCCUUCAACUUAAGGAACAUUGUUCCCAUGCCAUCUGAAGGGCACAGGCCCCUCUGGUCAUCUCAAGAUGUUUAGGCCAACAGCUAGCACACAGCAUCACAGACAGAUUCUCUGCUCUUAGAGUUUAUUGUGUGGCCUGGAGGAAAAGCAGUCCUCUCUCUUGCCUUCAUUUUCUGCCAUGAAAUAUGGAAAUAUUAUUGUCUGGUUCAUUGGAUAAUCUCUCAAAGGUCAGUGCUGUCUGCAUGUUUUUUACUGAGUCCCUCCUAUUUAGGAACAAGUUUAGAGAUCCACCAAACUUUGGUGUUUUACUCGCUCAGCUCCUAGAAAACCAGGUUUGAGAUGUUAGCAAGCAAAAGCACUCUAACAGUCUCUGAAGCCCUUUGGCAGUUGCUCACCUCUGGCCAUGUGGCUCUGAGGCUGUCAGGGGCACAAUGCCCCUGGUCUAUAACCCUGAGAGUUAGCAUUGACAGCUUUCAAUACCCUGUAGCUAAUAUCCCCGAGGCUGAUCCAAGCCUCCUCAGAACACCCCCACUCUGUGCCUGAUUGCCAGUACCUCAGAGGAAAUAAUGCUAUCUUAACUACUCCAUAGAAAGUGAGGGUGGCCAAUUCACUGUCUUCCCCAGUAGUCAGCUGCCAUCUCUUUCCUUGGCGGAGAAAUUGACCUAGAGAUGGAGAUGAGAUAGAAACGGGUCAGAAAGUUGUCUUUUUAAGAAAUUCUUGCAAGUUCGGGGAAAGGGAAAUAGGACUUCCUUGGUUAGGUAAGGGAAUCACUUCAGCAGCCCGGCCUCACCAGCUGCUUAUCGGCCUGUGUGGAUAUUGAUAUUUUUAUUGGAUAUUUUCUUUAUUUACAUUUACAGAAACCCACUAUCCCAUCUACCCCCCUGCUUCUAUGAGGGUGCUCCCUCACCCACCCAACCACUCCCUCCCACCUCCCCAUGCUGGUAUUACCCUACACUGGGGCAUCAAGCCUUGACAGGACCAUGGGCCUCUCCUCCCAUUGAUGCCGGACAAGGCCAUCCUCUGCUAAAUAUGCAGAUGGAGCCAUGGGUCCCUCCAUGAAAACCCCUUCAGCUCCUUCAGUCUUUUCUUUAGAUCCCACAUUGGGGUCCCCUUGUUCAGUCCAAUGAUUAGUUGCAAGCAUCCUCAUCUGUAUCAGUAAGGCUCUAGCAGAGCCUCUCGGGAGACAGCCAUAUCUGGCUCCUGUCAGCAAGCACUUCUUGGCAUCAGUGACUGGGUUUGGUGGCUGAAUAUGGGAUGGAUCCCCAGAUGGGGCAGUCUCUCAGUUUUUUUCUUGAUCAGCCAGAAUCAACUGACUCUUAGCAUGGUUGAAUAACUUGGAAUUUAUGUCUCCCUGGUAUGGGCACGAACUCACCAGCAGUAUAUUUAAUCACUCCACAGAUUUACCCAAGAAACACCUGGAUUGCCACACACACACACACACACACACACACACACACACACACACACA